AUGGAGUCCAUUUUGGACACAAGUAGACCCGUGGAUGUGCAGGAGUUUGAUCGUGUGGUGCAGUACCUCUCAACGGGAACACCGCAGGAGAUCAUGAAGGCGCAGGGGGUUCUCACGAUGUUCAAAGAUAGGCCUGACGUGUUUGCUCAGGCCGGGACGUUGCUGUCAAAGUCGCAGAACUUGACGACACGCUUUUUUGCUCUGCAGAUCUUUGACGAGACCAUCUUGCAUCAGUGGAACAAGUUUACAGACGCGCAAAAGGGAGAUUUUCGUGUCUUUGUAAUCAACUUAAUUGUUGGCGAAUGCAAAAGCUUUAACCAGAUUCGCAGCCGCAAGGCACUGCUCACUAAAAUUAACAGUACGUUGGUAAGCAUUGCGAAACGAGAGUGGCCUCUGCGGUGGCCCAGUUUUAUUUACGACAUUUGUUCCAGUGCGGGUCCAAAUGAGCCACUCAUUGAAAAUAAUUUGAAUUUACUGCGCCUUUUAGGGGAGGAAAUCUUUGAAUUUGCUGAAAAGACACUGACAUCACGGUGGAUCAAACGGAAAAAGGAGGCUUUGAAGAAUGAUUUUUGUCUGAUUUUGCAGCUUUGCUUGUCGGUUCUUGGAACUUCAGACCUGGCAUUGCUGAAGACGGAUUUGGAAUGCAUGGAAAAAUAUUUGGCGUGGAUGGAGCCCACGCUUGUAUUUAACGAGGAAGUCCUAAUGUACAUUGCCAGUUUGGUUGUUGGGGAUGCCACGGUGGCUCCUGUUGCUGUACGCUGUCUUUCUGUGGUUUGUAGUUUAGACACAGAUGAGGGCGCAGCGGGCGAUAGUCAGGCACAGAUUGCGGUUCGUGUGUUUCGCACCGCUUUUAAUAAUAUACUGAACGCUCUUCCGACAUCCCAUUUGUCUGUGGAGGGCCGAAUUGUGCAAAUGUAUGAAAUGGGGAUGGAUGAUGAUUGUGGGUUUAUCAGUGGCGUAAAUAUCCUUCUCAUUAGCUUUUUAAAACGGUACUACAAGCUGAUUUUAUAUGAUGAUAUUCUACUACUUUCCACACAUCAAAUGCUGGUGGGUAUGAGUCACAUUGAUAACAAGGAGCUCUUUAAGUCCUGUGUGGAAUAUUGGUGGUGGCUUGGAGAAAAAUUGUUACGUUUCCCAUCCCCCACACCACUUCAUAAAAAGCUUUCAGGUGUACUCAGUAAUGUACGUUUUGUACUCAUCAAGAAGAUGGCUAAGCCGGAAGAAGUCAUUAUCGUGGAAGAAGAUGGUGAACUACGUCGUGAACACAUGUCAGAUGUGGAGGGGCUGCAGCUGUAUAACUUGAUGCGAGAUGCGUUGGUGUUUUUGACAAAUAUUGACCCAUACGACACGCAGCAUAUUAUGAUGGAACUUAUGCAAAAACAACUUGAUCGGAGUGAGUGGAGUUGGCAUAACUGCAGCACAUUAUCGUGGGCCGUGGGGGCCGUUUCAUUGGCUCUGUCGGAAGAACAAGAAUCAUCGCUUUUUGUGGUGAUCAUUCGCGGGCUACUUGACCUCUGCAAGGAGAUGCUUGGGAAGGAAAAUCGAGCGGUGAUCGCCAGUAAUAUUAUGUUUGUUGUGGGGCAAUAUCCACGUUUUCUUCGGAGCCAUCCCAGUUUCUUGAGUACCGUUGUCCGGAAGAUUCUUGAAUUCAUGAAGGAACUGUUUCCUGGAGUGCAGGAAAUGGCGGUCGAUACCCUCAUGAAGAUUGCCUCGCAAGUGCCCGAUCAGUUUGUUUCUUUAGAUAGCCGAAAAAAAUCUAUAGCCGUCGAUAUUGCAGAGCGAUGGACGGAGUUGACGUCUCUGCUACAGCCGCAACAGACACAAACCUGCUUUGCUGCAGCUGGACUUAUGGUUCAAAGCGAAACCCUUGAAAGGCGGGCGUUACUUUUGAAUUUGUUUCUUCAGGAUGUUAACAUAAACUUCAAGGCAAUAACAGAACGUGCAGCCGCCCAGGGUGCAUCGUUUUGUCGUGAUUCAUCGAGUAUGAUGGAACUCAUUCAUGUUUUGCGGACAUUCAGCAGCAUUGCCUCUACGUGUGGGACAGCGUUUAUAGAUGAAAUGGGGAUCAUCAUUUGGGAUCUUCACGGCUUUUAUCGUACUUUCUUUGCCGCACAAAACGCGUUGAUCGCGGAAGGUGGACCUGCUGCCAUGGUACAGCAGCAAGAUGCGCGUUAUUUGCGAUUAGCGAAGAAGGAAAUUCUUUGUAUUUUUGAGCGUUUUGUAGAUAACACGGAGGAGCGUGAUUUUGUGGCAGCGAACUGUAUGCCAAGCAUCUUGACCGUGGUUCUGGAGGACUACCGUGACUCCGUGCCGGAAGCAAAAGAACCCGGGGCGAUGGCACUAGUGACUGCAUGUGUCAACAAAUUAACUACUCGUCUAAGUGGAGACUGUGCGGCCAUUCUUGACCACACGUUUGACACAACAGUGGCGAUGAUUUGCAGAAACACGGAGGAUUUUCCAGAGUUUCGUGUGAAUCUUUUCAAACUCCUUCAAGCACUGAAUAGGCACUGCUUUGAUGCAUUUUUAAGCUAUGCCUCAAGGAAGGAGGAUGUUAUCGCUGGCAUGCUGUGGGUAAUUAAGCACACGGAUUUCGCGACCAUGGAGGUGGGGCUGUUAGCCUUGGAUUCAUUUCUUGAGAACGUUGCCAAAUCCGAACUUGCUAAGGAAUUUUUUACCUCAUUCAUGCAACGAAUAUUCGUCGAGGUGCUUGUGGCAGCGAUGGACUCCCUUCAUGCUGCAGGUUUCAGUCUGCACUGUAGCAUCCUCAUUAAACUCUUCAGCGUCUCCGAUAUGUUUCCCCCGCAGACCCCCGUUGUUGGCCGUGUUGCUCUGCAUGAGUUUCUCGUUGAAAACCUCUCAGUCAUUCCGACGCUCACCCCGAGUCUUAUAACGGACUUUGUCUCCUUUGCCUACGAGUCUUACUGUGACGAGGCGGAAUUUCGCCGUCGUUUUGCAGAUUUUCUAAUUGAGAUGCAGGUUUGGGGCGCGGAGGAAGAGAACAGGCUGCAGGCGGAGGAGGAACGGCGCUUGCGGGGGGAAAUCAACCCGGGCUUUGCAUCGCCUUCAACCGGCCCACCUGAGGAGUUCCGUCCGUCCUCUUUUUAA